GAGUCAUGGAUUAGCUGUUGUUUAACACACGCGCUACAAGGACAACCUCUUCAGCAGCAUGACUACAGACACCUAACUGUGUAUGCCUUUCACUCUCAGCUGUCUGCCACGUUAGAAACUGUUGUUAAAGCUGUUUAUAGCCGGCUAAGCUAUUCAACAGUUAGUAGCUCGUAGCGGACUUGCUAGCUUCUCUGGAGUAGCCUCUGUUAUUGACUUCAAGUACGUGUGAAGUUGACAACAAUAGCCCGGUAAAUACGCUCCAGCCAUGGUGUUUAUGCAGAGCUACUGCGAAGCCAAUGCCUCCAUCUCCCACACCUGGGUGGAUGAAGGUAUCUCCCCCUGCUUCUACUUCACGCUGGUCCCCACCAUCCUGCUCACCAUCGCCUUCUUCCUCGGCACCAUCCACUGCAUAUUCUACCAGAAAUAUGGCACAGCAAUGGAACCCAAGUUCAUCCCACGCACCCGCCUCUAUGGUUUCCAGCAGGCUGUCUCCAUCCUUCUCCUCCUCCAGUUUUUGAGUGGGACAGUGUGGCGGGCUGCCAGCGGAGGAGAGCUCCCAGGCUAUGUGCUGCUGUAUGGCUGCUUCUCUGUGCUGGCCUGGGCCUGGGCUAUAGCACUGCUCAGGGUGGAGAGACGCAGGGUCCUGGUGAUGGACCGGUCAAGGGGGCACAGCGCGGUCCUCCUGCUCUUCUGGGCCUUGGCUUUCUCAGCUGAGAACUUAGCCUUCAUAUCCUGGUACAGUCCUCACUGGUGGUGGGCGCUGGAGAACAAUCAACAGCAGGUGCAGUUUGCCCUGUGGCUAAUGCGCUACAUUGGCACCGGGCUGCUCUUCUUCAUUGGUCUCAAAGCCCCGGGGUUGCCACGGAGACCGUACAUGCUAUUGAUAAAUGAAGAUGAGCGGGAUGUAGAGAACAGUGGACAGAGUCUUUUGGGCAGAACACAGGACAACCAAUCUACCUGGCAGGGUUUCAGAAAGAAGGUGCGUCUGCUUGUUCCCUACAUGUGGCCCCGAGGAAACAUCUUCCUCCAGCUGCUGGUCGUCUUCUGUUUAGGGCUGCUGGGAGUCGAGAGGGCUAUUAAUGUCUUUGUACCCAUUUACUACAAGAAUAUUGUGAAUGACCUGACUAAUCGCAGCAGCUGGUACACUGUGGCCACUACAGUGUGUAUUUAUGUCCUGCUCAAGUUCCUGCAGGGCGGAGGGGCAGGUGCCUCAGGGUUUGUCAGCAACAUGCGCUCUUUCCUGUGGAUCCGGGUGCAGCAGUUCACCAACCGCGUGGUCCAGGUGCGUCUGUUCGCCCACUUGCACUCCCUCUCCCUGCGCUGGCACCUGGGCCGCAAAACCGGUGACGUCCUGAGAAGCAUCGACCGCGGCACCUCCUCCAUUAACAGCUUGCUCAGCUACAUAGUGUUCAGCAUCUUCCCUACUAUCGCUGAUAUUGUCAUCUCUAUCAUCUACUUCAUCACGUAUUUCAAUGCCUGGUUCGGCCUCAUCAUCUUCAUCUGCAUGGCCCUGUACCUCACUUUGACCAUCAUCAUCACUGAGUGGAGGACCAAGUACAGGCGAGACAUGAAUCUGCAGGACAACAAUGCCAAGUCCAAGGCUGUGGACUCCUUGUUAAACUUUGAGACGGUAAAAUACUACAAUGCAGAGAACUAUGAGGUCGGCCGUUUCGAGGAUACCAUCUUAAAAUAUCAGGUGUCAGAGUGGAAGACCCAGGCGUCCUUGGCUUUCCUCAACCAAACACAGAACGCCAUCAUCGGAACAGGCCUGCUGGCCGGCUCCCUGCUCUGUGCCUACUUUGUGACUGAAGGAAAGUUCCAGGUCGGAGAUUUUGUUCUCUUCGGUACCUACAUCAUCCAGCUCUACACCCCUCUCAACUGGUUUGGAACCUACUACAGAAUGAUCCAGAAUUCUUUCAUUGACAUGGAGAACAUGUUUAAACUUUUCGAAGAAGAUGAAGAGGUGAAAGAUGAAGUGAAUGCAGGGAACCUUCUCUACAAACUGGGAAAAGUGGAGUUUGAGAAUGUUUACUUCAGCUACACGAAUGGCAAGGAGAUUCUGAAGGACGUUUCCUUCACUGUCCUGCCAGGACAAACAGUUGCCCUGGUUGGACCGUCGGGGUCUGGGAAGAGCACCAUCAUUCGACUGCUCUUCCGUUUCUAUGACAUUCAGGGAGGCAGCAUUAGCAUCGACGGCCAGGAUAUAUCAAAAGUGAAGCAGACAUCUCUGCGAGCUCAUAUCGGCGUGGUUCCCCAGGAUACCGUGCUUUUCAACGACAACAUCCGAGAUAAUAUUCGCUACGGUCGCAUCACUGCUACUGACCAGGAGGUGGAGGAGGCUGCUAUAGCUGCUGAUAUCCACGAGAAAAUCAUGACCUUCCCUGAAGGUUAUGAUACGCAGGUGGGUGAAAGAGGUCUGAAGCUGAGUGGAGGAGAGAAGCAGAGGGUGGCCAUUGCCAGAACUAUCCUCAAAGCACCACAGAUCAUCCUGCUGGAUGAGGCCACCUCUGCGCUAGACACACAAACAGAACGCAACAUUCAGGCCUCACUGGCUAAAGUCUGUGCCAAUCGGACAACAGUUGUUGUCGCUCACAGGUUGUCCACCAUCAUCGGAGCAGACCAGAUUCUUGUUAUAAGUGAUGGCCGGAUAGCUGAGCGAGGACGACACGAGGAAUUGCUACUCAAGGGAGGCAUGUAUGCAGACAUGUGGAUGAAGCAGCAGCAGGCCCAGGACUCAGAUUCCCCGUCAGACACGGAAGCCAAAGAUCUCAAGUCUGAGAAACUGCAGCCACCGUCAACUUCUUCAGGCCACCACAGCCGCUGAAUGUAUUUAUUUGUUUGUUGUAAAAGAGAACUCAACAUUUUAAAUCCCGUUUUUUUUUAUUUGUAAAAAGUUAAAGCUGAUUUUAAUGUACACCUAGAUGAAAAUGUUAUUUAUUUGUUAAAUGUGCAAAGGCAGGAGGGAAGGUGCCUUAUGCUGGAGGAGGCAGAAACACAGGGGAAGUGUUCAGAAAUGUAUCAAAAGACAUUUUGUAGUAUUAGUUGUGAUAAUGCAGAAAGUUUUUAAUGUAGGAACAAGAGCAGAAAUGUCGAAUUAUUACCACAUUGUAAAAAAACAGAUGUAGAUACUAAUUUGUAAAGAUUUCAAAACAAUACGUUCAGUGCAAGGCUAAUGAAAGUAAUACAUGUUAUAUCAUACCUCCAUCAGGUGGCACCCUGUCUCAUCUUAUUAUGAGGAAGUUUUUAUUUUUAGAAGCACUCCCACCACUUUUUUGUCUUUUUUUUUUUAGUAUAUAUAUAUAUAUAUAUAUAUCGUCACCUUCCUAAAAUAAUGGCCUAAGUCAUGUUUUGACAAAAAUGUUUUUUUUGCCUAAAUCACCCCCUCAUGAUGCUGGCCACCUCUGGUAAAAUCGCCUGAAUCCUCAGUUGAGGGGAACAUGCAAUUCUACCCCCGGUUGUAUAAUGGCCUAUGUCAAAAGUGUGACUCUUUUGUUGAGUUUUUUGUGUUUCCUGAAAAACCUGAAAAAAUGACUUAGGCCAUUAUUUUAAGAGGGUGUCGAUAUAUAUAAAACACACUUUUGUUGGUUUGUGCUGUCUGAUAGAUUAUGUAAAGAUACAAAAGGAAGAGUUGCAAGAAAUGUGGCAAUAAAAACACUAAUCACAGCCUCAACAUUGCAUCUUGUUGGGCUGAGAGGCUAAUGAUUCUUUUUCCCACUGAAUUAAAUGUUAAUGACAAUUGUUCGAUAAACAAGCUGUCAGGGAUUUUAUUCAGCUUCGUUUAGUUUCUGGUUCAUUUCUGAGCUCCGCUGUUAUUUAAAGUGAUAUAUUUUUUUAUUGUGUAAGCCUCUGUAUACUUUUGAUCACUAAGAUAAAAUGGGAUGGUGUUGAUCAUCAGCAUCAUUGUGUUGUCUGUAUUGUGAAGAAUUAAUUUUUACUAAAGAAGUUAGGAUACAAUGUGGCAAUGUAGGAAUUUUUUUAAUUGCUUUUGGCAAACUGGCUGAUUUGCAUUUAAAGUUGUACAAUCCAUGUCUGCCUGUUGUUGGCAGUUAAACACAAUAGAGCUGAUUAUACCAUCAAACUAAAUGGCCAAUGUGGUAAGAAAACCUACUGUUAUUCUCACUUAAUGUAACAUAUAAGUACAUACAAUCAUAUACAGUAUUUCAAAAUAUGAAUUUAAUGUCUUACAUCUACCUCAUAAAGGUACUGUUCAUUAUUAUUACGUAUUGUAACUGAGUUUUGUCUUGUACUUAUGAACAAUAAAAGUUUUUUUCCAUGGA